CAACACCUUACGGAAGGUGCGUUUGUCUUCUCGCUGAGUUAAGAUCUUUAAAAGAUCUUCUAUAUUUUCAUCUAGCUGCAUCAGGCACAUCCCAGCAUGCAUUACAGAACGGUGCUGAUGUACACUGAAAUAGGCUGCUUUGUAGCGUGCGUCUGCGGCUGGAUCUUGGUCUGCUCGACUAUGCCGACGGAAUACUGGACUUACUCUGAAGUGGACAGUUUAGUCCUCACGUCUUCUCACUAUUUCUCCAACCUCUGGAAGGACUGUCUCUCCGACUCCACCGGCGUCUCCGACUGCAAAGAGUUUCCCACGCUGCUGGCUCUGCAGACAUACAUUCAUCUGUGCCGAUCUCUCGUCAUCACAUCCAUACUUCUGGGAUUCUUCGGAUCCGUUCUGGCAUUGGUGGGGAUGAAGUGCACCAAACUCGGAGGCUCUGAAAUCGUGAAUGCAAGAAUAACCUUUGCUGCAGGGAUCACCUACUUUCUAUCCGGUUUCUGCGGUAUGUUUGCUUACAGCUGGUACGGCCACAAGGUGAUUUCUGAGUUCAUGGAUCCCAACUACAAGGCCAAAAAGUUUGAGCCGGGAGUGGCACUGUUUGUGGGCUGGGGUGGAUCGGCGCUCCUGCUGGUCGGAGGACUCGUUUACAGCAUCACUGCAGGGAACCAGGCCUGCCAAUCCAGCUCCAAGACCCGAGAGACGUCAACACGUCACAGUCCUUCCUCCGAGCCGAAGCAGAAGAGCCUGUACACUCCUCCGCCGUCGCCCAUCCCGGACAGAGCGAAGCAGACGGCAAGCAGACCACUGAAAGGGUUUCACCGUGUGGACGCUUACGUCUGAUAUGUUCCUCUCAUUUAAUCUGGGAAUGUUUUACAGUGUGUUUAUCUGGAAAACCUCUUUAGUGCUACUGCAAAGCAUUCAGUGCAAGUCUUUUUUAACACCAUCAUUGUGAUCAAGGCACCAGUUUCAUAGUCACAAACAGAAUUGUUUCAUAGAAAUAAAUUGGAUAUUCUAGUCUGAUGACUGUGCCACAGGUGAUGCUCUUCAAAUCUCCUUUAGGUCUGUUUAGAUUCCUCAUCUUUCAUCUCUUUGUUUCUGUUUUAACUGGAUUAUUCACGGCUGUUCCAUGUCAGUCCAUCAGCUCUGUAUAAAUAGCAUUAUAGAAGAGUGAACGCCAGUCCUUGGAGUUGAUUGGUGGGACACAAUGGUUCAUUCCAGCGCACCGGUGUGCCAUUAGGUGUAUUCGGCUUUGGCUGGAUUUACUGAUGCUUUUUAAUGUUUUACUUUUCCUUUACUGUGUAAUGUAUCUGUUUGUACGAUCUGCAGUUACAAAGCUCAUAGUCUCGCACAGAGCGAUUUAUAUUCAAUCUAACAGAGAACACUGAUCCACACGUUUAACAGGAAGCCAAUGCAGUGUUGACAGAACCGGCUAAUAUGGUCACUUCCUAGUUCUAGUAAGAACUCUAGCUGCUGCGUUUUGGACCUGCUGGAGUUUAUUUAUCAGGCGAGCAGAACAACCACCCAGUAGAGCGUUACAGUAAUCUAGCCUUGAGGUCAUGAACGCAUGAACUAACUGUUCUGCAUUUGUCAUUGAGAGCACGUCGUAAUUUAGAUAUAGUUUUAAGAUGGAAGAAUGCGGUUUUACAGAUGCUAGAAAUGUGGCCUUCAAAUGAAACAGAAACACUUUUCAUUCAGUACUUUAUGUGCUGUUAAUACCAGUGUUGGGGGUAACGCAUGUUACGUAAUCAGAUUACUUUUCCCAAGUAGUAAAGUAACGCAUUACUUUUUGAAUAAAACAGUGAAGCGCAAUCUCAGAAUUUUACGCAAACCUGUAAUAAUUAACUAUAUUAAAUUACACAAAUAUACUUUAUGUAUUUAAUCUCCCUUUAUUAACCAGUGUCUUUGCUACUGACCUUCAAUGAUCUAAUUCAACCAGACUAAUAAUCAAAAAUUACUUUAGAUUAGAUUUAGAAAUGAGUGUUGAACUUCCUCCUCCUGUAUCCUAUUCUUCUUUAAUCCAGAAUGGCAGCACAGCUGAAAGGUUUGUUUGAGCUGCGCCCUCUACUGUACAGGAGUAAAUAUACAUUUCCUUCAGCCUGAGGCUUAUUCAUUUUACUUUUGGUGUGAAAGGGCCUUAACAUUUGCCAAAAAUAGAACUUUUUUGUUGUUAUUAAAAAAGCCCAGCCCAGGUGAGAAAAAGUAAUGCAAAAGUACUGUAACGCAUUACUUUUCAGAAAAAGUAACUAAGUAACGCAAUAUUGUAAUGCAUUACUUUUAAAAGUAACUUCCCCAACACUGGUAAAUACAGCGCCAUAUGUACAAGAAUAAAGUUCAACUUAAGCCUAUACUGCUUAAAUACUAAUAAAGUGGGGUCUAUA